GGCGGCAGCUGGCGAUCAAGCGGACCGGCGACAGAUGGAUGCCCACUGAGAAAAGCGAUCGGCUCCGGCUAGGAGAGGGACUUGGAAAAGUUUUCACCCCACCUACAUGCCUUUGGACAAACUCAAAACCUUUGUCCCUGAAGUGUUUGGAGAGCUUGGUCCUUGGUCCUUCAUGGUGUGAUUCCUCUAGAUUAGUGGUGUUGCAGUCUCUGGGACCUUUCACCAAAGUAGGUGAAAGUAGUGCACAAUGGCACUGUGCCCUGAAGGUUGUACUUCCGGCUCAGGAGGCGACUCUUCUGGCAGUGAGGCAGGUUCCAGCUGUCUUCAGUUUGGGGUUCGUUCCUAUCUGCACCACUUCUAUGAAGAAUGCUCGUCCUCCAUGUGGGAGAGGGAUCCAGAGAACCGGAGGUCUGUCCUAAACCAGAAACCAGCCCUGUGGUGGAACUCAGUUGUCUGGAAGGUGUCCUUGGCUCUGGGUCUUCUGAUGCUGACUGCAGGCAUUGUGUCUCUCUUCAUCGCUUAUGCGACUCCCCACAAAAUCGAGUCCUUCGGAGAGGGAGACCUGUACUUUGUGGACCCCCAGGCCAUCAGCUACAACAGGGGUCUGCACCUGAGCACGGCGUCUGGGAUCUGGCUGUCUUGCCUCGGUUCUGCUCUGGCAGUGAUGGGGGUCGUUGUGUGGGUCCUGCCCAAGGCCAACUUAAAAGGACGGUUAUUCCACAGAUCAAGGGAAGUGGAUCAGAGGGGAGAGCUGGGCUCAAAGUGGAGGGGAUUCAAGGAUGGAACAGAUGUGAUAACUGAGCCGCCAGAUACAGAGGUGGGGAAGAUGCCCUUCACUCUGGCAAAAGUAGAAAACGUGCAACCCCCUUCCUAAAAAGAAUCACUGUUGAGCUGCAGGUGGUACAGGCACUUAUUCUGGUUCUGAAACCUUGUUUACAUUGUUUCUCCUUUGUCUCUGCUCACAUUUUAUUCUAUAUUUGUGACUUAAAAUAUCAGAAAAACAUUUUUCAGUUACUUAGUCCUUGUACAUUUUUACUGAUAAAAUAUGUGUCCCAUCAAUAUCUUCAAAACAAAAACAAACAAAAAAAUGUUUGUAAAUGUAACUAUUUCACUAAUUUGGACUUAAACUAGCAUUUUCUUAUUACUGAAGUCCUUCUAAAACUAAAAUCCUGGCGGUUCAAACGGGUUUUGAACAAGGGGUUAACUUAUGAGGCCUAAAGAACAUUAAAGCCACCUCAAGAGUUAUGAUAAUAACUAGAUAUAAUGAUUAGAAAAUUCGAAAAUUCUUACUGUUUUACACAAAUGAGACCAAAUGAAAUGAUCCAGUGAACCUAAAGAACGUUUUCCACCAUGUGGUAUGGCAGAAAGCUAUAGCUGUUGACUGGGAUGUGCUUAUUCAGUGCACUACUGUCAUGAUUAAAAUAUACACUCAAUAAUAUUCCAAAAAAAAGCUUAGUGAGAAAAUAAUGUAGUGAUUGAUCAAACAGAAUAAAAGUAUUACUAUAAUGUAAGGCAGAUGUCUUUAAGUGUUAAGGUUUACAAAUCACAUUUAAGGAUGCACCAAUCAGCUGGUGAUCCUAACCAGACAGUUUUCAGCUUAGUGGGAUUGACCAGUGACCAAAUGGGUAGACCUAGAAAAAUGCAGUUUUAUUUUUUUUCUUUGGAAAACUAUGUCAGGAUUCAGGUAGAGGUUUUAAUUUUUUGCUCCAGUUCUGACCAGCAGUGUUUCUGUGAUGCACAUGGACUUGCAGCAGUACUGACUUUCCUCCCAACAACUUCAUCCUCAGAAUAGCCUAUUUUCUAUUAGUGCGCUGUGCAGUGAUUGCGUAGAGCAUAGUGAAAGCGAACAGAAGCAGCUGAAAGUCUCACUUUUCUACACAUGAUAAGUCUGGGUCUUUACACCUGAGCAUUUAACUGUGGUACAGCAAUGUGGCUGUCAAAAACGAAAUUAUUCUGAGGACACCAUCUGUUACGGCAAACAAAAACUCUCUAAGUUUGUUAACGUUAGUUUCUCACAACAGCAUAAUUUGGCUCUAAAAAAAAACAUUCCAAGUUAAUACUGCUGGUGUGAUGGUUGAAAGGGAAGUGAAUAUACUCAUAUAGAGUCAGACGGCAGCUACAGUCAAACAAUCCAUCCUUCAAUUGGCUCAGACACCGACAAAAAUGAGUUGCAGCUGCCGCUCAUAUCAUUAGUAACAUGCAGGAGGAACAUUUUGAGAGACUCGUUAUGUGUUCCAUUUAUUAAUAAGAGCCACUGUUGUCAGUUCAAAUCCGACACCUGUUGUCAUCUGUUGGUCUGGCUGCUAACUCACCACUAGACAUAUCUUUCUCUGUAUCUGUAUCUGUCAAUGACAUAAAUAGUUCUGUGUUUCAUCUCAUACCUUUACGAUGUUCCUUCUGAAGCAGCCAAAACUCCAAUUGUUUUUAUAAUUCUGCGGUUAAACGUAUCAAAAAGAGAAACACUUUUUGCUGAAUUUAAGAGAAAAUCCAGCCACUACUGCUAACUGUUGCCAGAAAUCUCAAACACGUUCCCUGCACAGAUCAAAGCAAGAGUGCUCGCUCCAUCUUUUUCUGUGUGGUCAAUAAGCAACUUCAGAUCCAUUUGACAUAAUACUUUUGGAAAGGUUCUUUUUUUGACAAAUACAUUUUAUGUUAACAGCAACAGGCAGUGGCACUCUCCAAUCCCAGACAAGAUGUGAGUGCCUCUCUGUUUCAAACAGAUUAGACUCCGAAGGCUCUUGGGUAGUUUUUUGGUUUUGUAAGUCUAAAAUAUGAUAUUUGUUAUUUAAAAUGGUUCCACUUAAACACGUAACAUAAGUCCAUCUCUCUUUAGGAGUAAAAGGGACAAGACGGACAAAAAAACAGGAUAGCUAAAAAGAUUUAUAUCUUUUUGAGCUCUAUCUGUCAAGAAACAUGCUUGAUUUGAAAAUGUAUGUUGAUUUGAAAAAGUAUGUGGUAGGUGAACUUUAACCCAUGGUAGGGUAUUUUUAACAUCUAGGAAAUCCACAUGCAGACUGCUUACAGGUAGCUAUGGUAACCUUGCAAACCACACUAAUUGGUCAUAAAAGAUGCUGUACACAGGUAAAUCUUUCAUCUCUAAUUGUUUUGUCUUUAUUUAAUUACAAAACUGUAAUUGGUGCAUCACUUAACCUAUCACCUCUGGUCUUUACACUGUCUUAUAAUUAGGUAAGAGCUAUCUAAGAUUUAAAAAAUUACAUGGGGAAAUAUACUUAUAAACUAAAUCAAAUUGUGAAAGUUAUUGAAAAACUAAGAACCCCCUAUUAGUAGAACAGCUCUCAUUAGCUCUAUCUUGAGGUAAUCAUUCCCUCAAUAACCUAAUCAAUCUUUCUAACUGUUGAACGGGAGUUUUAGCCUACUCUUGUUACCAACAUUACUUCAGUUUAUGGAGGAUUUAUGUAUUUGUUUCUGCAUAAGUCUAUUAAGAUACUACUGCAAUGUUUCAAUGCACUUGAGUUCUGGGGUUUGACUGGGUCUUUGGAUUGGUCCUUGAUUUGUCUUUGUCUCAGGAGUUUGGUGAUAGAUUGGCUGCUGUGUUUGCAAUCAUUGCCCAGUUUAUAAUAUUAAUACUCUGGGAUACAGAGGAGUCAGUGGUUGAGCCCAUUACCGCAUAGUGCCAAGGUGCAGUGGCUGCAAACUGAGCCCAUAUCAUCAGCCCUUCACCCCCGUGCUUUACAUUCAGUAUAAAACGUCUAUUCUGGUCUCCUGAAUUUGUAUUAAAUAUCCUGGUCUGGUUUGUCUAAAUGGCACUGUUUAAGAAGCUUAGUGGUUUGUUCAGAUGGUUGUUUUUAAAUCUUUUAAUAAGAAAACUUCCUCGCAAAUAGGUACACAUCUUUUGACUAUGCUUUUGUUAAAAUACUAAUGGCACUGUGUAAUAUACCAUGGGAUUAUUUUAUUAUCUGGUAAAGACCAUAGUUUAGUUUUUUUUUUUCUUAUAUUGUUAAACAUGACAUUGAAGACUUAGAAAAAGAUAUGCUAUUUUACCAGAAUUAAAUUGGAUUUCUUUCCUUUGAUGAGCAAUUUAGCAUUUUUAAGUUUGUGAAAUGUCUAAAGAUUUUUUUCAAAUAAUACCUUUUUCUUCCAUAAUUGUUGCAAAAAAGAGGUGAUCUUGUAUGAAAUACUUGUCAGCCUGUUUCCUGUCACACACUCAUACAGAUACAGUGACAUGCAGAGGUGGAGCUAGAAAAAAAUAUUCAUUAACAAACUGUUUUUAGCAUCACAUAUCUGCACUAAUGCUCAUCUUACUGUGUGAAACACAUGUACUGUCAUCCAUGCUGUCACUCACCCAGUCAUCCACACACACAGUAAUUUGUUCUCCUUUGACAGUAUCACCUAUUUUCUCCCCACUAUAAUCUGUUGUUGUAAUUGCCUGUAAUCUGUGUUUCUAGGCAACAGUUGGGCUUUAAGUGCUCCACAUCUCUGAGUCUAUUGAACUCAGAACAAAGACUUGCUCCCGAUUGGUCCUUCACCCCCCCUCUCUUUCUUAUCACACCAUCAGAUUUUUUUGUUGUUUUGGGGUAUAAACAGUAGUAGAGCUGAGGUAAUACAAAACUGUCCUAGCAGAGAGGCCACCUGACCAGUUGGAUCCUCCUACUCAUUGGGAGUAAAAAUUAAAAAGUGUAAAUAGUAGAACAGCCAUAAUGUCUGAAUAUUUUGUUAUUCAGGUGGAUGUGACUGUUUCAUUGUUUGGUGUGUUUUUUUUCUAGAGAUAAAGUGGGGUUAGCAACAGCAGUGAAAACAAAGGACCAAAAAUAAAAUUGUGAUCUGCAAACCAA